AUGGCAGCAUUACCGCUUCUCUCCACCUCAGCAGAGGCCCUAGUCAUGGCACUCGCAGAGGUAGGGGUCGCUACAGCUGCAGUCGCCCCUGUUGCGCCCGUUGCAGCUGCAAUCACAUUCCCCGUUGCGGCUUUGGCCGUAGGUGCUGGCGCCGUGGCGGUCCGAAUGGGACUGGUAGUUCAAUACCUCGGACACCCCUCCGAGAAUGCCCAAGAUUCCCAAGAAGAUGCUGAAAAGACUGCUCAAAGUCUAUGGCAAGAAGAUUCACAAGAAGCUGAAGAAAAGAACGCGUUACGAUACGAACAAUAG